GCCAGGCCCCAGCCAGACAUGGCCUUGCCCUCCCCCAUCCCGCGGGCCCCCAGGUCAGACAGAUCCCCACCAAAGAUGAGACGAGUGGGCAAGGUAGGAGGGGGACGGAGGAGCUGAGCCCCACGGCCGCCCUGGUAAUGGGCUGCUCGUUUCACGCUUCAAUCCCCAGCUGAGCUUCCGCCCGAGCUUCCCCUUCUGCUCUACGCGGAUAGCACAGCACCAGGGGAGAAUGAGCCACCUCAGGCAGGUCCCAGGGCCUCCCAAGGCCAAGAUGCUCCUCCUGCUGUCCCUGCCGUCCUUGCUGUUGGGUGGGUCCCAGGCUCAGCAAAAGUACUGGCUGCGGGUGCCUGAGUCGGUCACGGUGCAGCGGGGCCUGUGCGCGCUGGUGUCCUGCUCCUUCUCCUACCCCCGGGACAGUCGCUGGACUGCCUCUUUCUCAGUUCAUGGAUACUGGUUCAGAGAAGGGGCCAACACAGACAGACAGGAUCCAGUGGCCACAAGCAAGCCGGGUCAGAGGGUGCAGAGUAGGACCCGGGACCGCUUCCAGCUCGUGGGGGAUCCCAGCAAAGACGACUGUUCCCUGAUGAUCACGGACGCGCGGUGGGAGGACGAGGCAGGCUACUUCUUCCGGGUGGAGAGAGGACCCUCAGUGAAAUAUAAUUUCCUGAAAGGGUUCUCUCUGAAAGUGACAGGCCUAACUCAGAAGCCAGAUGUCUUCCUCCCUGCGACCCUGGAGCCCGGCCGGCCCGUGCCCGUUCUCUGUGUGUUUGACCUGGCCUUUGAGCGAUGCCCCGCCCCUUCUUUCUCCUGGAGCACUACUGCCUUCUACUCCCAAGGAAAAGGGCCGCCAGCCUCCCACUUCUCCACGCUCAGCCUCACCCCAGAGCUCCACGACCACGGCACUGCGCUCACCUGUCAAGUGGUCUUCCCCAGACAGGGUGUGAGCACACAGAGGACCGUCCAACUGAGUGUGGCCCGUGAGUAUGCCCCUAAAGAACCUGUCAUCCAAGUUUUCCGCGACCAGGCAUCAGUCCCAGAGUCCCAGGGAAACGUCUCGUAUCUGGAAGUCCAGAAAGGCCAGUUCCUGCGGCUCCUCUGUGCUGCCGACAGCCAUCCCCCUGCCACACUGAGCUGGGUCCUGGAGGACCGAGUCCUCUCCUGGUCCUGCUCCUCGGGUCCCAGAACCCUGGAGCUGGAGCUGCCCACCGUGAGACCUGGGGACUCUGGGCGCUACACCUGCCGAGCAGAGAACGGGCUGGGCUCCCAGCGUGGCACCCUGGACCUCUCUGUGCAGUAUCCUCCGGAGGACCUGAGAGUGACAGUUUCCCAAGAAAACAGGACAGUCCUGGAAGUCAUCCGGAACGGCACGUCCCUCCCGGUCCUGGAAGGCCAGAGCCUGCGCCUGGUCUGUGUGGCCCACAGCCACCCCCCAGCCAGGCUGAGCUGGACCUGGGGGCCGCAGACCCUGAGCCCUGAGUGGCCCUCCGACCCCGGGGUCCUGGAGCUGCCCUGGGUGCAGACAGAGCACGAAGGAGAAUUCACCUGCCACGCCCGCAGCCCGCUGGGCGCCCAGCACAUCUCCCUGAGCCUCUCUGUGCACUACCCCCCGCGGCUGCUGGGACCCUCCUGCUCCUGGGAGGCCCGGGCUCUGCGCUGCAGCUGCUCCUCCCGCGCCUGGCCCGCCCCCUCCCUGCACUGGCGGCUGGGGGAGGGGCUGCUGGAGGGGAACAGCAGCAAUGCCUCCCUCAGGGUCACCUCCAGCUCCGCGGGGCCCUGGGCCAACAGCUCCCUGAGCCUCCAUGAGGGGGUCAGCUCUGGCCUCAGGCUCAGCUGCGAGGCCCAGAACGCCCACGGCACCCAGAGCGCCACCCUCCUGCUGCUGCCAGACGAGACGCCUGGACCCACGGCAUUCUCCCGCGGAGUGUUUCUGGGCAUCGGCGUCACGGCUGUCCUUUCCCUCUGCCUCGUCCUGGUCAUCGUGAAGACUCUGAGGAAGGCGCGGCCGCGGGCGGAGGCGGGGCCCCGGGUCUCCCGCAGCAGCACCAUCCUGGAGUACAUCAACCUGGGCCCCAAGGCCGGCCCCCGGGCCCCGGUUACUCCCUUACCGUCAUCAAGAACAGCUACGUAAUCAUUUUUAAUGUCAUUGAGAGUUUGUCUCUGAAGUCAACCUGCCUGGGCUCAAAUCCUGCUUCCGUUGCUCUGUGUUUUUGAACAAGUUACUUAACUUCUCUGUGCCUCAACUUCCUGAACUGUAACAUGGGGACAACUUAGUGUCUACCUCUUAGGAUUAUUGCGGGUAUUAAAUAUAGUUCACCUGUAGAAUGUCAAGAAGAGAACUUGGUCCCCAGCAAAUGCCAGAUGUAAUUAGGAGCCGGCAUCUAUCUGCCCACGAUCCCCAAACCUCCCUCUCCAGGUUUCUCCCCCAUGCUCCACACCCACCCGCCAUGCAGCAUCUCCAAGGGGAUGUCUGGUGGGCCUCUCACACCCAGCCCCCGCCACAGCCAAUUCGGACCAACUCUACCUUUUAUGCCUCUCCCUCCAGCCCCUCAGCAAACCCUACCACACCUACCCAGCCAGGCCCAAAGCCCUGCACCCUUCCACGCCUCUUCUCCACUCCCCACCACCAACCCAUCAGCAAGUCCCCCCAGUGCACACCCAGCCCACCGCCACAGCCGCCCUCUGCAGGCCCACUCCACGCACUCUGUCCCCCGCUGGGACUCCCACCCCACAAAAUACCACGCAGCAUCGAGAGGAACUAACUCCUGAAGUAUGCAACAGGUUGGAUGGAUCUUAGGAACAACAACAAAAAAAAUCGUGAAAAGGGCCAGUCUCAUUCAAUAUCCAUCUCACUGUCAAAUGAUGAAAUUACAGAGGUGCAGAACAGGUGAGGAACAGGGGUGAGGCGGGGAGCGGGACUCUAAAGGACCGCGAAGGAGCACGCUGGUGAUGUGCAGUCCUCGUCUCCACCGCAGCGCUCACGCGGGCCUACCUGUGUGCACUAGUCUGUGGGGCCGCCAUCACAAGACCCCAGAAGGGGCAGCCUAAACAACAGAAAUCUGUCCUGUCACACUUCCGGAGGUUGGAAGUCCCCAAUAAGGUGUAGGCAGGGCUGGUCUCUCCUGAGGACCCUCCUCCUCCCCUGGUCUUCCCUCCGUGUGCAUCUGUGAUCAGCAGUCAUAAGGGACUAGGGCCCAUCAUACUACCUCAUUUUACCUUAAAUACCUCUUUAAAGACCCUGUCUCCAAACACAGUCCCAUUCUGAGAUAUCAGGACUUCAGCAUAUGACCUUGGGGGAGACUCGUGCAGCCCACAGCCCCUGCCAGGUGAUACCAUUGCACAGAACUCUCCGCACACCUUAUACCAAGGUCAGCUUCCUCGUCUGGAGGUUCCCCCACAGCUACGCAAGAUGCAACCACUGGGAAAACCAGGCAGAGGGCAGAGGGGCCCUCCUCGUGCUAUCUUUGCAACUUCCUUAUAUUAUCUUUUAAUAUAUAAGAUAAAAAGUUAAAGGCAUAAAUCAAAACAUCUCACUUUCCUGUUGAAACCUCCAGUGACUUCCAGUCAGACUCCGAGUAAGGCCAAGAGCUCGCCAGGGCAUGCAAGGCCCUUGCUGACCUGGCUCCCACCUGUCUCCCCAGCCUCACCUGCUUUACCCACUGGGCUGACUGGCUCCUCUUCACGCACGUACACCACUCUCUGCCCAGGUCCUCCAGACCCGCCCACGUUGUUACAAAUGGCAGGGUUCCUUCCCUUUAUGGCCAAGUAAGAUGAUUGUAUCUGCCACGUUUUCUCCACCCGUGCAUCCGUCGUGGACUCGCAGGUUGACUCCUUUCUCGGCUGUUGAUGAACACAGCUGCGAACCCGGAGCGCAGGCCUGUCUUUAGGAUGAUGCUUCCACUUCCUGGAUGCUCUGAGAGUGACCCCACCUUCCUUUCCGCUGCCUUCUCCCUCUGCUUGAAUCUCUCAUAGAUUCAUUAUUACAUUUUUGUUCACCGAGUGUUUGUUCUGGCCCCCAAGAUGGAACUGGGGCUCGGGAGGGCAGGACCCCACGUCCCUGACCCCUUCCUUGUCAGUGCCUGGC